AUGGGAGAUCUUUUUUCCUUAUUUUGGGAGGUGGAUCCUCCCUCUCUGCCUUUAAGUCUUCCCAUCCCUAAUCAGGACUAUGAAUACCAGAAGGAUGACUCUUGUGGCGCAAUAGGGAAUUUCCUGUUUUGGUAUUUUAUCAUUAUAUUGGUCCUGAUUGUCUUCUCUCGGGCUUCUGUCUGGGUGUCCGAGAGGAGCAAGGAAGAAGACACGGGGUCAAGCACUUCAGUAAGUAAAGGAAGCAAAGAAAGUUCCCAAAGGCGGCCAAACAAUGAUGGUGCCUGUGAUGCCUCAGAAAUGAUGAAAAAAUCCAAGUUGAGCCAAUUUACUGCUGUCACUGACUCCGAAGUGGCUUUCGUCAAUGCCUAUCUUGAACAAAGGCGAGCCAGACUCCAGACUCAGUUCAGCCAGGUGAAUCUUGCCCAGAACAACAGAGACACUACUGAGUGUGACACUGACAUAUCUAACUCGGGUGUCUCUUCAUGGAAGGAGAGUGAGAGUGAGCACCCCCCAUCACCUGCUGGGUUCAAGAAGAGAAAGCUGGCUCCGAGAAGAAGGAAUCUGGGAAAUCACCAAAUCAAGGAACGACCCUGCCUCCACUGCAAAGCCAUGAGAACCAAUGAAUGGCUAACACGCCAUUUCCAUCAAAGUGCUUCAGCCACAGCCCAAAUGAAAGGAGAUAUUCAAGAGGAAAAUACUAUACCUGACAUCAGCACACAAUUAAGCAAAAUUUGA